GUGUGUGUGUGUGUGUGUGUGUGUGUGUGUGUGUGUGUGUGUGUGUGUGUGUGUGUGUGUGUGUGUGUGUGUGUGUGUGUGUGGAAUCAACCACAGGCUGUGGCUCCAGGUAGGAGGGGACUGUGUGAAAGGGGUGGGGUUUACUGUAUAAGACUAAGUGAGAGUGUGUAUGCUCAAAGACUUCACAAGCAAGACGAGAACUAUCGGAGUCCGUGCGACCGACAGCAACACAUCUUCCAACAACAUCUCUCUCUUCAUCUAUCUUUUGGUCAUAAUAUACAUCAUAUAUUCACUCCCUUGUGAAUUCACUCCUGCUAUAGCUUCCAAGACUGACGAGAGUUCAGCACUCGGCACGAAGGGAACAAGGCGUCGGUGGCGAUGGCCUCGUGGUUCAGUUGGAGCAGUGAGUCGGACUACCGGAGUCCGCGGCGGGACCCGUCUGACGUGGUCAUGGACACCCUGAUGCUGGAGCUCAACUGGCAGCUGAAGGAGGCCGAGAGGAUGCAGCGUGAGAGGGACAGCGAGUACCGGCGCCUCCAGACUGGCGUGGACUACAGCUGGCUGGUCAACACGCCACGCAACACCUAUGACGUGUCACCUGGUGAGAAGCUGGGCCUGGAGGACCUGUGCUCCAAGGUGCAUCCAUCCUACUGCGGAGCUGUCAUACUGAGGUUCCGCCAGUUGGUGACUGAGAACGAGCCGGAGGUGCAGGAGGUACCUGCCCUUUUCCGCACAGUCGUCCUCGAGGCCUUGGACCGCAUGAGGGAGGAGCAGGAGGCGCAGCGGCUCUCGCGCCAGUGGAACAACAAACGGGCCAUGAGCAUGUCUCUCAUGAACUUCAAGUCACGCGUCAAGAUCAACCCCUUUGGCAGCACCUUGGGCCUGACCUCGACUGGAGGGGGAGGGGAGGGUGUGUGCGAGCUGAAGACGGUGUCAGAAGACGUGGAGAAGGCGCUGGAGGAAAGGGCUGACAGGUCCCAGAGGGUGUGGAGCAUGCCCAACUUCAGACAUAAAGGGCUGUACACUACCAAGGCCGUCUGAGCUGGGAAUCCACAGGACAAGUGUUGUGGUUCAGUGGAGGAUAGAGCAACACUAGUGAGAGGUAGCCUAUAAUAAACCCCUGGAACCUGCCCAGUCUGCUUUGAACAAGAAUGGGGAGAAAUAGGAGACAUGUCUCUCCCAUCCUCUCCUUCGGCAGUGUGGGGUCAUCCACUAUUGAAAGCUUUUGACUUAUGAAUUUGAUAUGGGGAGCUAUGCUAAGGAUGUUUCACAAUGUUUUGAGAUUUUCAGACACAUUCUUUGCUGUACCUUUAUUGUAAAUUAGAUCGUUUCUAAGAAAAUUGUGUUGCAUCCACUUCCUUUUACUGUGCUUUUUUUCAUUAUAACAACAUAAUACUCCGGAGCUACAUGUAUUUAAAUUGUAGUUAACCAAUGAGACUUACACAAUCAACAAGUUCAGUUUUUUUCUCAAGCAUUUUUUUGGCACUGUAAAGGGAAGUGCUGCUUAUCAUGGCUCUUUAGUGACCUUUUUAUAACUUGAAAAAUCAACAGUAAACUGACUGCUCUAUUGGAGUGGUUACCAUGACAUUGUAGAUUAUAUCAAUCUUCGUUCUAACUCUUUACAGUUGGAAUACAGUGCAUCUUGAUCUCU